AGUCCAUCGUGCGUUAUGAAUGCAGUCAAGUCUUGGCUUUCCUCUGCCAAGAGCACUUGAUGAUAAGCAUUUGCAAGGUCGAUAAGGGAAAAUACUGUAGCACCGCUCAUUUCAGAAAACAAGUCAUCCAUAUGUGGAAAUGGAUGACAGUCCAUCACUAUCGCCUUAUUAGGUUCAUGUAAAUCCACACAAAGUCUCACCGCGCCAUUCUUGCGUCGUGUAACCACAAUUGGCGAGACCCAUUGUGAUCCAUGAAUUUUCUCAAUAACGUCCAUCUCCAAUAGUCUCUGUAGUUCGGUGGAGACAGCUUGACUCACUGAAAAAGGAAGCCUCCGCAGCUGUUGUUGCAAAGGUUUCACUGCUUCGUUGCCUUCAUUCACUCUCACCCGGUGAACAAAGCCUUUAGCUAAGCCUAGCUUCUCGGUUGCUAGUCCAGCUUUGACCUCAUUCACUGGGAGUUCAGGUGAACACACAGUGUCAUUAACAAUGGAAAGUCUCAGUGCUCUGAAUAAGUCCAUCCCUAAUAUAGCUGCGCCCGUCUUCCUCACGAUGUACAAUAGGGCACAGAGCAUGUAGAAUGCUGCACUAAAGCAGAUAGGCAGCCUAACACAGGGAUGUGUGUCUUUGUAUAAGACAAUAAUUUUACUUUUGGUUCGGAAAGGACCAUGCCGUUGAAAUGCUCUUUGUAGACAGAUUCGGGAAUGAUAGACACAGCAGCACCCGUAUCCACCACCAGUUCCACUGUGCAGGACCUUGAUUCAGCAGUGAUGCUCACGUCACAUGCUAUUUUCUGUAUAUGUUGUGUUGUAUCAGUUUUCAGCACCACAACUUCAUCUACUUUUCUUUCGGACUCCUUUUCUGAAGACUUGCACACUUUGCCAAAAUGUCCCACUUUGUUGCAUUUACGGCAGUUUACCUUCAGUGCAGGGCAAUCUUGGGAAUUAGCAAGAUGAUUAGAAGAUCCACACCUGAAGCAGCAGCGGCGGUCCCGUCUUGUGCUGACAUUUGUAGCAGCCACAGCAUUGUUGCCCUUUCCUCUGCUACUCAGAUGCUUAGUUUUAGCCUUUACCGUUUGUAUUGGGGCCUGGGAUUCUGGUCCUAGCGUCGGUGCAUAUCCAAUAGCAGCUUCCACACGACAUGCAAUUUGUAAUGUCUUUUCCAGUGUCUCUCUCUCUCACUUUUGAACAGUUUGCAUGCUCAAUGAUCUGGUCCCGAAUCAUUUCAUCACAAUUGUAGUCAAACCCGCACGUAGCAGCAAGCUCACGCAGCGCGGCAGCAUACUCAGCAAUGGACUCAUGCGACUUCUGUAUUCUUUGCCUGAACGUGUGUCGUUCCACCAUGACGUUUAUUGCAGGGUAGAAGUGCGCACGGAGAGCAGCCAUAGCUUCUUUGUAGGUAGUACCAGUAUUUGCAAGUGUAUAAAACAAAUGCUGACCCUCUGUGCCCAAGCAAUGAAGAAGGAGAGCGCGUAAUCUCGUGUCCGGCCAGUCAUCGCCAUCCGCGUUGAUAGCAAGCAGGUAAUUCUCGAACAUUUGAGCCCACGUGUCGAACGGAAUCGUAGGUUGACCCGCACACGGCAGAAAUAAAGCAGGAAGAGGCACUGCAACCGGCAUCCUCGUCGCCAAUUUGUUCUAUUCUAGAUUGUAUCAUUAGAAUAAGGCCGAAGGAGUACACGAGACGAGCGUCUUCUCUUAACAUUCACACUUCUCCAUUUAUUCAACUCAACUCCUUCUUCCUCGCAACCCAAGUACAGUCACAUACUGGGCGCCCACUAGCGGCAUGGUGGCAUUUCAAAUCAAUAGUGAAAUAAUUCCAAUACACAACAAAUGCUAACUUUUUUUUUUUUUUUUUACAAUGCUCUUAACUAAUGAUUCAAACACAUAUUCCCACAAAAAAACAGGGCAAUAUACCUAUAAACUAAAUUACGAAUGCAUUAAAAAACAGAAGCUCAAACAAAAACUUAGCUUAUGUUGGUCUUAACAGGGAGCAGCUGGAUUCUGCCUUGUGAAAUAAGUUAUGUCUGUUGCCACUAGAGGACAUUGUAUCCACACAAAUCAAUAAAAAUUGGGGUAGUUUUGUGCUAUUUUUCAUUUUUGAAAGGCGAAAAAGAUUGGAACAGCCUCUCGGCGGUCAUUCUCCAGCUGCUUCCCCGGCAACAAGCACUCCUGCAGGGAAUCAGCGAGCUGUAACUUGCUCGCCGCCGGGGAGUUGGCCGAUCGGUGAAGACCAUCAACGCCGCCGCAGUGUGAAAUGGUCAGAGAUAUCGGCGUCAACCUGACCGAUCCGGUAUUCCGAGGGCUCUCCAGAGGCAAACGCAAGCACCAAGAUGAUUUCCAGGACGUGAUUGACAGAGCUGUCCACGUGGGCGUCGAGAAGUUUCUGAUUACAGGAGGAAGCCUGCAAGACAGCGAGGAUGCCGUCCGUCUAGCCCACAGCAGAGACGACUUCUACUGUACGGUGGGCUGCCAUCCGACCCGCUGCGGGCAAUUCGAGGAGGGCGACGGUGCCGUCGACUAUCUGUCCCGACUCCAGGGUUUGGCGGAAGACAACCCGACCAAAGCGGUCGCCAUCGGAGAGUGCGGACUAGAUUUUGACAGGUUGGAAUUUUGCCCCAAAGAAACUCAACUCAAAUACUUUGAGAUGCAGUUUGAUCUGGCCGAGGCAACCAAGCUUCCCAUGUUCCUGCACUGCCGCAACGCUCAUCAGGACUUUGUAGACAUCAUGAGAAGAAAUCGAGACAGAUGCGUGGGAGGCGUAGUUCACUCCUUCGACGGGACCGCGGAGGAAGCCGCCGCCCUCAUCGAUCUGGACCUCUACAUCGGGAUAAACGGCUGGGCAUUUCCUUCCAGUUCGCUUAAAAGCGAGGCCAAUGUGGAAGCCAUCAAGCGAAUUCCCACCGAGAGACUAAUGAUAGAAACAGAUGCGCCGUGGUGCGGUGUCAAGAGCACGCACGCAGGAUUCAAAUACAUAAAGACCACCUUUCCCACCAAGAAGAAGUGGGAGGCGGGGCAUUGUUUGAAGGACCGGAACGAGCCGUGUCACAUCAUACAAAUCCUGGAGGUGAUGGCCGCGGCGAGGGAGGAGGACCCCUCGGAGCUCUCCGCAAGCAUCUACCGCAACACUAGCAAGGUUUUCGUCCCUGCUAAAUGAACCCGGUUGGUGCUUUUUCAGGGUCAGAGACACAAUGCCUAUACUUAAUAAAAAGGGAGAUUUAAUUGCCUGAGCACACGCGUCCUCUGAUUGCUCUCUUGUAUUCGUCCUGUUUUCUCACCCUUGAGUGGAGCUUUGGUGUUUCUAAUCCAGCUUCUGUAAAUGUUAUCUCAUGAGGCCUUGAGUUCAGCCAGUGCUGUUUUUGGCAACCCUUUAAAAUUUUCAUCUUAGUCUUUUGAACGGAAAUACUUUUUAGUCAACGUCAUACGCGCAUUUUAGUCAUUUCUAAAUGUGUCAGUUUUGUUCAACGAAUACUCACGCAUUUUCGUAUAGGUUAAGUUGACGGAUAAUCAGUUUUAUUCUGCAAAUAUUUAAAGGUUUUAGUCUUAAAAAAAAAAUCCAACAAUUUCGCAUGAACAACAUUGUUUUUGAGUAGUAUUACACAGCAUAUGUUUUGAAAAAUGUACGCAAACUAAUAUAACCAAAACCAUGUUCACACCAGCACUAAAUCAGGAGCAGGUUUAUCAAAACUACUACCAUUAUUAAAAGCCAAAUGUAAACUGCUACCAAGUCCAAACCACCGAAUGCAGCACUUCUUCCAAUGAUAAUACACACUCAACAUGAAAACAGUACAUUAUUUUCAAUUAAUUAUUUCGGCCUAAACGCUAAAAAUUGUAAACUUUAGGAGGAUGGCCGCCACGCUACUGCUAAUGCUAAUGCCAACGCUAACGUAAAUGCUCUGCUGAUGCUAUGAGUUACAUUUAGUGUGUGAUCACUCAGCACAGACCUUUCAAAGCUAAAGCAACAUUGCGUAUUCUCUCUUGCCAAGAUAAGAAGGCAAAUCUUACCAUGUGUUCAAAACAAGCAAGCCUGGAGCAAAGCCUAGCUUGAAAGACAUUGGUGGGUGUGGAGUGCAAGGGGCGCAGCACAUGUCACGUGAGUGACACAACCCAAACACUACUACGAUGCAGGCUGACUAACUACAUGUACAAUAAACGAAUGUCAAGCAUUGUUAACAUAUGACAGAAACUAUGGCAUUUCUGUCCUGUUCUCGUCUCGUUCGGACAAAAGCUGGCAAUCGUCUUGUCAUGCUGCAGUCAUUGAAGACACAUUUUUAGCUCAUGACAAUCACAUCAUCAUCAUGAAAAAUGUUCGUCAAGGAAAUGUUUUUGUUAUAAUCAUUUUGGACGGAAACAACAAGUUCAGUACGCAGCCUUUGCUAACUCAGAUAGCAAAAUAUAGCUGGAGUGGAUAUGGGCCAGAUCCGCCCCUGUCGAUUGACUUGCCGGAUCAGCAAACAGUUUUGGGCCAGAACUGGUCUAAUGUAGCAGACAUGACAUUAAUGUAUAGCCCGGAUAUUGUCCACGUUACCCAAUCUAGGCCAGCACUUGGCCAGAUGUAGACCAGAUUCCCAGAUAUCAAAAUAUAACUGGAGUGGAGAUGGGGCAGUCGUAAUGCAAAUUUCGGCCCAAAUUCAUAAAACUGGUCCACCCCAAACUGACUUCACUUGCAGGAUCAGCAAACAGUUUGGGGCCAGAACUGGUCCAAAGUAGCAGAAACCACAAUCUAUGGACCAGAUAAAAAGAUUAUUUCAUUUGGAACGAGCAAUUACACAUUCAAGAUGGCCCAUUUUUAGACUGUAAACAACAUAGUGUAUUUGUUAAGGUUCUGGGGUAAUGGGGGGAACCAAAUGCAGAGACAGGAGGCAAACUGACUGUGGUAAUAAGACAUAAUUGACUGUUAGAUGGACUGGCGGGUAAUAUCCGAAGAAUCCAGCGGGCAGUUUGGUGGCAGAACAGGUGAAUGGUGAGCCAGGCUGAAAAUGGUUUUGAUACAAAUCUGGCCCAGUGCUGGGCCACAUUGGGUAACAUGUUUGCCAUAUCCGGGCCAUAUAUUAACAUGGUUUUUGCUACUUUGGACCAGUUCUGGCCCCAGCUGUUUGCUGAUCUGGCAAGUGAAUCCAUACUGAAUUUGGCCAAUUGUUCAAACAGACACUGGAGUGGAUCCGUUUUACGAAACCGGGCCGAAAUUUGCAGUAUAUCUGGCCCAUAUACACUCGUUAUAUUUUGCUAUCUGGGUAACGUUAACGCUAGUUUAAAACAGUCAAGCAGUAACUUCAAAAUGUGAUUGUGACUUUGAAUAUAUUGGACUUACCAUAAAAAGUGCCGUCCGCCAAGAAGUUGUGUACUGAUCCUGCAUGUUCUCCAUUUUAGUGUAGCAACAUGGAUGCCUGCUUUCAGGGUGCGCGCAGCUGUGACAUCACACGUUGACCAUUAAUUACAGAUUUUUAACGCGUCCGGUCUGCACGUUCCAUCCCGGAACAGUGCGUAACCUAUCUUCUUGACUGUCAGAUUCAUGAUCCUGGCCGCAUCUAGCACACUAAUGUUCAGCGCGUUUGAUUGCGAUACGAAUCUGACGAGCUGAGGCCGAAUCUGGCACACAGUCACCUGCUAUUGGUGAAUUUGAUGAGCUAACCUGGACAUAACUGCCAUCGCUCCCAUUGCCAGUAGCACACAACCGGCUAGCAGAGUCAAAAAAUAGUAUUGAUGCAACAUUAGUUGUAUAUUUUUCAGACUAUAAGUCGUA